GGCUUGUGGAUGCCAUCUCGCCAAAAUACACGUUUUUUAGAAGCCCCAUUUUUGUCCACGGAAUACGAAUUACUCCCUUGUCCUGGGAGAAUGAGAUAGCUCUACGUAUCGAAUUAUUGUCUCCCUACUCGAAACAAGGCUCCACGGAAAUUACCUACGAGCCCCUCAAGCCCGAUGGAAGCGUGAAUAUAACAAUAAGGAGCGCGUUCUCGGGUGCCGCGUGCUACAUUUGCACCCCUGAGCAUGGCCACACAUUUCUCUACGGCCCCUUUUUUUGCAAGAACCUUUUCCCGUCGUCUCGCACGGUAAGCGGGCACCACGAAGGCACCUUUUCCUUCUCUCAUACCUUCUCGGCAUACGGCACCCACCAGGUACGAGUUCAGGAAAUUACCGCUUUUGACAACAGAACGUACGACAAGACCAUUUACGUCAAUGACCACGGCUGUAUCAGUUACAGUGUGACUCUGGAAGAUGAAUUACGGAGCAAGGGUAAGACAAGACUUUUGGAAAUAUCAGACAGCAUGGAUGUGGUGGCAAACUUGAAGGUGUUCUGCGUUCAAACCUAUACCGAUGCACAAUACACCUGGACCAUCACACACAGAGCAAACGGGAAUGUGUCUUCCAUUCCGUGGCAUAACUCUAAACGUGUGCAUUUCCCACCGAGGUAUUUUGCUGAAGGUGAGUACGUGCUGAGAGUCACGGCGAGUCUCCGCACGGUGACCACCGAGGAGCAAACAGACUUUCUCAACAUCACCGUUGGGCCAGAGCGUCUGGUCGUAGCCAUCGUGGGUGGCGCCAGCAGAAGAGUGGGCGUAGGGCACGACCUUGUUGUCCAUGCGUCCGAGGGGCCUUAUGAUCUCGACGAGUCACGCGAUCUCACAGAGACGAACUUCGACUGGGAGUGCACUAAAGCGUCUGCAGGUGGUGUGCUGGCAGCGUGUGAAGUCGGCUUCUUGGAAACUGGUGUUGUAAAGAUAUCGAAGUCUUGGCUAGAGGCUGACUGGCGCUUGACGGUGGCGGUAACAGUCACCAAAGGGACGCUGAGUGCCACUGCCGCCCAGACCUUUAAUGUUGUCCGAGGCAACGUUCUGGAUAUUUAUAUAAGGUGCGAUGACAACUGCAAGGAUCGGGUGGCCACUUCAGAAUCACUGUCACUGUCAGUGGUUUGCAUGAACUGCGGUGGAGCUAAAGAUGUGGCUUUUUCUUGGACACUGAAGGCUCAACAGAUAAUUAGCAACUUGGAGGAAAUUGCUUCUACAGGCGUUCACGAGCAAGGAUUGGCACUCAUACCCGAUGCCCUAGAGACGAGAACGCACUACACAGCCACGGUGUCUGUCUCUGCCCAGGGAGCAGUCACCACGGAGGCGAGCUAUGGAUUCGUGACCAGCGUCUCUCCGUACAACGGCUCUUGCUCCAGCGAGCCCACCGCAGGCUUGGCGGGCAUCACAGGCUUCCAGCUCCGGUGCGAGGGCUGGCUUAGCGACAGCGACAGCAGCGGCAGGGCGAGCGACUUGACUUACGAGUGGUGGCUCAAGUGGCCCCUGCACGAUCAGCUCCUCUGCAGCUCCCGCCUGAGCCUCACCCCGGAGCUGCUGCUCCCUCGGGGCGACGCGGACACCGGCGGGCGGCUCACGCUGGCGGCCGCAGUGUGCGACGCUGUAGGGCAGUGCACAAAGGUCGCUGUCUAUGUUCAGGUUCUUAUCCCUCCUAUGCAAGAGCUGAUAAACAAUACCAGGGGCUUGCUCGCACAGGGCGGGUUCAUCGAGGGCAUGGUGCAAAGGAGCGACAGCUUGCUGCCGGGAAUUGUGACCGUGCUCACGGCCACUUUGCACACAAGAGCGGAGGGAAACGCUGCCAAGGAGGUGCAAGCUUUAAAAUCUAAAAACAUGUUAAAUACACCCUGUUAGCUAAGGAGCCAUCCAUUUAGCACGUACACAAAAGUCUGUCAAGACGUGACCCCUCUGCCCCUCCCUGUACGGACGCGGAUUUCUUACACC